UUAUUACCCCAGAGCUUCCUGGCGCACCGCCUUUCUCACUGUAUCGGAUCCUCUCGCUCUCCGUACUCAUGGUCCUUGGUCACGUGACAAGACUGGAAGCGGAAGAGGCUGCGAGAAGACGAGGGGGAACUGGGGACAUGUGAGGGUGCAGUCGGGGGUCCGUCGCCAUGCCCGGGAAGCUGAAAGUUAAAAUUGUGGCCGGGCGCCACUUGCCCGUAAUGGACAGAGCCAGUGAUCUGACAGAUGCCUUUGUGGAGGUGAAGUUCGGCAACACCACUUUCAAAACGGACGUGUACCACAAAUCUCUGAACCCACAGUGGAACUCGGAGUGGUUCAAAUUCGAGGUGGAUGAUGAAGACCUCCAGGAUGAGCCCCUGCAGAUCACAGUCCUCGAUCACGACACAUACAGCGCCAACGACGCCAUUGGCAAAGUCUACAUUGAUAUCGACCCCCUGCUCUAUACGGAAGCUGCCACCGUCAUAUCCGGCUGGUUUCCCAUCUAUGACACAAUACACGGUAUCCGGGGGGAGAUCAGCGUCAUAGUGAAAGUGGAUCUCUUCAAUGACUUGAAUCGCUUCAGACAAUCUUCCUGCGGGGUUAAAUUCUUCUGCACUACAUCCAUUCCCAAAUCAUACCGAGCCGUCGUCAUUCAUGGGUUUGUGGAAGAACUGGUGGUGAACGAGGAUCCCGAGUACCAGUGGAUCGAUCGAAUACGGACCCCCAGAGCCUCGAAUGAAGCGAGACAACGGCUUAUUUCAUUAAUGUCUGGAGAAUUGCAGAGAAAGAUUGGCCUGAAGGUGCUGGAGAUGAGGGGGAACGCAGUGGUGGGAUAUCUGCAGUGCUUUGACCUGGAAGGGGAAUCAGGUCUGGUAGUGAGAGCCAUCGGCACUGCCUGUACCCUGGAUAAACUAAGUAACCCCGCCUCAUUAGCUCCUGCGUGUAAUUCUCCUUGUAAAGACAUAAAGGAGGCUCCCUUCAUUGAAGAUCUUAAUCCCAAUACUCAUUCAUCAGGACCCUCCACCCCUCUGAAAAACCAAACCUAUUCCUUUUCACCUUCCAAGUCCUUCAGCCGACAGUCCUCCUCGUCAGACACAGAUUUGAGUUUGACUCCCAAGACUGUUCUCAUUGGCAAGUCCCCUAGUACCCCUUCCCUCAUUUGUUACCCCCCAAGUCUCAAAGAUCCCUGUAGUCAGCAGCCCGGGGGCAGUUUCUCCCCCAGCAAGUCCAGCCACGUUAGCCCUGUGCUGAGGAAAUCCGUUUCGUUCAGUGAUGAGCUGCUAUUGGCUGGAAUGGGAAGUGGGAGCGCUGGAAAAGACGGGGGGACAUUUAAAACCCUCCUUAGGCAGCAAACUCAGUCGGCACUGGAACAGAGGGAAUUCCCCUUUUUCACCCUGACCUCCUUUCCCUAUGGAUUCCUCGUUCACGUCGGGGGAGUGGUCAGCGCUCGUUCAGUCAAACUCCUGGACCGUAUCCAUAACCCCGACGAACCGGAAACCCGCGAUGCUUGGUGGGCAGAGAUCAGGCAGGAGAUUAAAUCUCAUGCCCGAGCGCUAGGUUGCCAUGCUGUCGUAGGCUACAGCGAAUCUACAAGUAUAUGUGAGGAAGUCUGUAUCUUGUCCGCCUCGGGCACAGCCGCAGUUCUGAACCCCAAGUUCCUGCAGGAGUCGGCCGCAGAUUGCUGUUUGGACCAAAGGUUGUCUGGGCAGCCUGGAUUCUAUAUAGGGUCAGACAAGGGAGAGGUUGAGAGGUUAAUUCUGCAAGAUAGUUCUGUCCCACUAGGGACAGAGGAAAGCUCCCCGACUGCCUGUUCUUUCUGUCACAUUCCCUAUGAUGAGUUAAACAUGCCCUUCCCGGCCCACCUCACCUACUGUUACUCGUGCCGCAAGCAGAAAGUGCCCGAUGUUCUGUUCACCACUAUAGACCUGCCCCGUGAUGCCCUCGUCAUAGGGAAAGGCUGUCUGAUCCAAGCCAGGUUGUGUCGGCUGAAGAAGAAGUCGCAGGCAGAAGCCAAUGCCACAGUGAUUAGCAGUCUCCUCCCGUUUAUGGAGUACGAGUUGCACACUCAGCUCAUGAACAAGCUCAAGCUGAAGGGAAUGAAUGCUCUGUUUGGCCUGAGGAUCCAGAUCACAGUGGGGGAGAGCAUGCUCUUGGGUCUAGCAUCUGCUACAGGAGUCUAUUUAUCAGCGUUACCCACCCCGGGGGGCAUCCAGAUCUCAGGGAAGACCCCCAGCGAUGGAUCAAACGAGCAGCACAUGUCACACAUGCAGAAAAAGAUCAACGAAACCAUCGCCAAGAACAAGGAGCUGUAUGAGAUUAACCCUCCGCAGGAAAUAUUGGAGGAGACGGUGGGGUCCCCCAUUCCGGAACCGAGGCAGCGUUCUAGGCUCCUGCGCUCCCAGUCUGAAAGCUCCGAUGAGACGGCAGAACUGGAUCUAUCACACGGGAAGAAGGACGCUUUUGUCUUGGAGAUCGAUGACACCGAUGCCAUGGAGGAUGUGCACUCUCUGCUGACGGAUGUGGCUCCUCCUCCUGGGUUUUUUAUCUGCAAUACAGAAAUCAUGCCUGGAAUAAAUAACUGGAUACCCAAUAUACAAAUGUUCACCUCGGUGAGAGUCAUCCGGCUGAACAACAUGAACCUGACCAAUCAGAGUCUGAAUAAGAGCUUCAGUGAUCUCUGUGAGAAUCUGCUGAAGAGUCUUUACUUCAAGCUGCGCUCUAUGGUGCCCUGCUGCCUGUGCCACGUUAAUUUCACCGUGGCCGUGCCGGAGGAGGAGUCUAUACAGGUGGCUGUAACUGCCGUCGCCAUCACAUUCGACAAACAACAGGCGCUGCAGGUCAUUAAGAACAGGCCGGAGAGAGCUCAGCCCCGAGUCUCUGCAGACGCCGAGGAGCAACUUCAGUUCCCCAUGGAAUUAUCCUCCGACUCUCCCGGCCCCCAGCCUUUCUCUCCGGCCAGAGAUAAUCACGAGCGAGGCGGAUCCCCGGCCACUCAGAGAGCCGCUGAUUACGGUUCCUUUGCAGACAGAUGUAACAGCUGGAUAGAGCACAUUAGAGUGCGAGCUCACACCAUAAGACGCGGAUCAGUUAAGACAACCGUCUCUCAGGACAAGUCCAGCCCCCUGACUGAGGGCCCCAUGCGCCACCGAGGAGGAACCGCCGGCUCCAUUCCCUCCGUCACGGUUGUAAAGAUGACGCCCCUCUCCUUCAUUCCUGGCGCCAAGAUCACCAAAUUCCUGGGGAUCAUCAACAUGUUCUUUAUACGGGAAACCACUUCUCUGCGCGAGGAGGGCGGAGUCAGCGGGUUUCUCCAUGCCUUUAUAUGUGAGGUGUUUGCCAUGGUCCGUGCCCACGUGGCAGCGCUUGGGGGCAAUGCUGUGGUGUCGUACAUAAUGAAGCAGUGUGUGUUCAUGGAAAAUGCCAACAAGAAUCAGGCUCAAUGUCUGAUCAACGUCAGCGGAGACGCCGUUAUUUUCAUCUCUGAAUCAGAACUGGACGCAGCGCCGGCUCCACCCACAGCCCCACCCACAGCGCCACCGGCCCAGUCAGUGGGAGGAGACUGCGCUACAUGAACCCAACGCCACUGCCCGUGUUGUUUCAAUCAGGUGGAGCUGAGAAUUGGACCCGGGGACAUAGAGACUGAUGCAGAGAAAUUGUGGCUUUAUCAGAAGCUGGUGGUGCUGAAACCAAUGAAACUGGAACAAAUCUAUUUAUUUGUAUUGUUUCCCUCUGAACCCUCCCCCAUGUUUAUCCAGCGCCACCCCUGGGACUAAAUCAUUAUUAGUAAUUGCAGAACUGCAGCCUUACAGCUGUUUGCUGAACUACAACUCCCAGCACCCCCAGACACUUCUGUUUUACAUGGUUUUCUCUCCAGUUGCUGUCUCACCUCCUCCCGUGUAAUUAAUUCCAGUCACUAGAAAG